AUGGAAGACGAAACGGAGAAACAGAAACAGAAGAAGCACUCAGCGAUGCUGGAACGCCUUUCAAAACGCGGCCAAACCCGUUCAACAAAUCCCGAAUCCUCCGCAGAAUCGACCUCCUCCUUCUUCUCACGCUUUUCAACACUGAAAACCUCAAUAGAGUCUCAACUUGACCAAUCGCAAUCCUUUUCCUCCGACCCAACCAACCUCAAACUCCAUUUCCAAAGCAUCUCCCAAUCAAUCUCCGAUUUGGAAAAACUCGUGGCAGAAAACUCCUACCUUCUACCCUCUUACGAUGUUCGAACCUCACUCAAAACCGUCUCCGACCUAAAAAACUCCCUCGAAAACCUCACAAACCAGCUCAUCCCUAAAAGGAAAUUCUCCUUCAAGAAUAAACCCACCAAGAAGGACGAUAAGGACACUGCUAUUCCGCAACCCAAACAACCCUCUCAACUCUCCACUCUCGACACGCGCCUCGCCGUGCGUGAGUCCCCGGGCUUUAGAAACAAAGUUGGUGAGGUUUUGGUCGCCAGGUUCAGGGGCUCCGAGGUUGGGGAAUUCGCCGUUUCGGAUCUCGAUUCCUGUGAAGUAAGGAUAUUAGGUUCCGUCAGGGCGCUUUUCGUACACAGGUUGAAGAAUUCAAGGGUUUCCGUCGGGCCUGUAACCGGUUCGGUUCUUAUUGAGGAAGCUGAGGGUUGCGUCUUCGUGUUGGCAUCGCAUCAGAUUCGGAUUCACGCUGCGAGAAAAUGCGAUUUCUACCUUAGGGUUAGGAGUAGGCCUAUAAUUGAGGACUGUAACGGCGUCAGGUUUGCGCCGUACUGUUUGAGUUACCGGGGGAUUGAGGAGGAUCUUCGCGGCGCUGGUCUCGACACUGAGACCGGGAAUUGGGAAAAUGUGGAUGAUUUCCGGUGGCUGCGAGCGGUGCAGUCUCCGAACUGGUUAGUUUUGCCGGAGAGUGAGAGGGUUGGUAUUGUUGAUUUAUCGAAUUUGAAAAAUGGAGAUGAGGAAAUUUGA